GAAAAAAAUAAUAUGGAUAAUAUUGAUGAUAUGGAUGAAUUGAUCAAAUAAUUAGAAUAAGAAGUUUCUAAAUAAAAUGAUCUAAAUGAAAAUAAUUCUGCAUAAAAGUAAAAUCUUAUGUUAUUUUAGUAAUAAUCCUUAGAUUAUCAAAGUUUAAGAAGUCUAAAACCAAAAAGCCUAAUAAGAAACUAAUAUUAAAUUUCCAUAAAUGCCAAUCUAAAAUAAUUAAUAAGGUUUACAAAACCAAAAAUAACAGCAAAUAAAUCAAAAAUUGCAAUAAAUAGAACAAAAUGAAAAAUAAUAAUACUCUUAACAAAAACAGUAAUAACAAGCCCCAUAAUAAUAACAAUAAUAACCAUAGAAGUAAGCUUAACCUUAACCUUAACCAAUUCAAUAACAACAAAUUGUGAAUUAAUAAAAUUCAGGUACACCAAAAAUUAUUGAAUAAGAAUAAAUAUAUACUAUUGUUGGAAAUUUCAAAUCAUUCAAUUUAAUACAACUAGAAUCAAAUUUCAUCGCUAAUACUUGCAUGAAAUAGCCAUCUAUUGAAGGUAAUAGCUAAUGUUUAAAUUUUUAUAAAAAUCUGAGAAUUGCCUUAUAAAAACAAUUACAAUAAUUAAUUGAUUUCGUUGAAUAAGGAAAAUUGAGAGAUGAUAUGUAUGGGAAAUUUAUUUAGGCGUCAUUCAAAGAUUAAUAUGUUUUACUUCAAAAGGCAUAAGCAUAAGGUGAUUAAUUUUUUGUUAAAAGGUAUAUUUUUAUUAUAUUUAUAUAGAAUAACAAAUAGAAUGAAUGUAUUAAAAGCAGAACAAACAUUGAUAUAAUAAAAUCAAACAGUGAAUUUUGUUUAAAUAGUUUAAAAAAUUAAACCAAAUAUUGUGAUACCUCAAACUUCGAAACCUAUAAUAAGGAAACCUUAAUAAUUAUAAGAGUAGAAAUUUAUUAUAAUUAUAGUAAUAUAAAUUUGGAUACAAUAAAGACAGAUAAGAAUGCAUAAAAGCAUCUAGAAGAAAAUAUUGAUUAAAUGCCAGUUCAUGUUAAAUAUGAAGCUUUACUAAAAAGAUAUAAAGAAUAUUAUAAUUAUGCAACUUAUUUAUCAAAAAAUGUUAAGGAAAAGCGUAAAGAGGAUAUUGAAUAAAUUCUAAAAUUAUUAGAAAAAGGAAAAAAGUUAAGAGAAUUUUUUACUGAAGGUUAAAAUCCUUCUAUAGGUAAAUUUUUAUGUGAGGAAAUUAAGGAAAUUACCUUAGAAGAAUUUCAUAAAAUGAAUUAAUAGGAAUAUAAAUCAUGUAAAUAAAUUUGAUAAAAAAUUAGUAUAAAUAUCAUUAUUUAAUUAAUUGAUGGAUGCAAAUAAUAAAGAAAAGGAAUUUUAUAGAAAAGCAUUACAUUCAAAGAGAAUACCUAUAGGUUAAAAUUAAACCUAUAAUCCGCAUGAAGAAAGCAAACAAAGAUUAAAUUAAUAUGGUUAAGCCUUCGAAUAUUUAAAGCCAUUAUAAAAAAUGAGUUGGAUUUUAUUACCUGAAAUUGAGAAAUAAAAUUUAAAUGUUUCAAUUUGUAUAGAAAAUAAAGAAAUACCUCCUAAUAUUAUUAGAAUAAAAUUUAGAAAACUUGAUUGCAAAUAUGAAAAAUAUUACUUAUUUUUUUCUUUGGAUACUAAUAAGUAUUAUAAAUUAAUAUUUUUAGAGGAGUAGUUAGCAAAUAGACUGAAAUUUGUGAUAAAACUUGUUCAUUUAAUUCAGAUCAUGAUAUUCCUUUAGAGAAUGGAGUUGAUUAUGCAAAUAAGAAGAUAGAAGUUCGUUUAUUUGAAAAAGGUUUUUUUGGAUCAAGUGAAAUAGGAGUAGGUCAUAUAAUUCUUGAAAAUAUAAAAAAUCAAACUUUAUUUGAAGGAUCAGUUAGUAUUACAGCAUCAAAAAAAUAAAUAAUUCAACUUUCUUAUACAUUAAUGAUUAGAGAACCUAUUGAUAAAUACACAUAAGAAUAAAUUUAAUUUGUUUAAAUUUCAAAAUAAUAUCCAGUUUUUGAUCAAUAAGAAGGAAUGAAAGAAUUUUUGGAUAAAUUUAUGGUAGUUUUGCCUACUUAUGAAUAAUAUAAAAGAGAAUAGGAAAUUUAAAGAUAGAGAUAAAUAGAAGAAGAAAAAUAAAGAGAAGCCUUAAGAAUUUAAGAAGAAAAAUUAUUAAAAGAAUAGUAAGAAUAAUAAUAAUAAUAAUAAUUACUAUAAUAAUAAGGAAAUCAAUUAAUAGUAAAAGAUUAUAGUUCUAUAAUAGUUUUUGAAUCAUAUGGAUAAUAACCCAGAAAUUUAAAAAAUAAAAGAAUUUAUGGAUACAAAUCCUCCUUUACCACCUGGAUUUAAAAAAGAAGAUUUAUUAUAUCCAGAAAAUCCUUCUACAGUAAAUAAUUAAUUGAUUUUAGUUUUCAAUUUUCUCAUUUAUUUCAGAAUAUUAACCUUUAGCAAACAAAAAAAGUAUUGAAUUGAAAUAAGAGCCAAGUUUGAGAUAAUGGAGUAGAUUUGUAUAAAAUAUGUGGGAAGAUUAUACUAGAUAAGAAUGUGUAUAUAAAAAAAUGAUAUUUAGAUAAUAAAAAGAAAAUUAGAGAAAGAUGGAGUUGAAUGGUAUUUUGAGAAAGUUAAAGGAUUAAUGAUUUUUGAAUAAUUUCUUUUAGACACUUAUAAAAAGUUAAAUUUAAAAGAUUGGUUUGAAUUUGUUUAAUAGAGAAAAUAAAAGUUAGAAAAAGAAUUAUAAGAGUUAGAGAAUAUGCAAAAUGAAGAUUAAGAAUGA